AUGGUGAACUAAUGCAAUUCAGAUAAUAAAAAGAAAAGAAAGCCUUGGGUGAUCUAAGUAAUUAAAAAAAAUUAUUAGAAGGAAGACAAGCUUUUAAAAAAAUUAGUUAAAAAAUUCCAAAAUGAAAGACUUGCAUGGAAGACAAUUUCUUAAAAUUUAAAAAAGCAUGGUUUUAAUCGUGAUACAAAGGCAUGUCGAGAAAGAUUUUCGAAUCAUCUUGAUAAAAGCUUUAAUAAAGCUGAUUUGACAGAUAAAGAAUUAGAUUAACUCUUUGAUUUAAUUGAACUUCAUGGCAAUAAAUGGGUAUCCAUUUGAAUAUCAUUAUAGACACAUAUAGCUGAAUAAUUGAAUAAUAGAACUGAUUAAGACAUUAAGAAUAAAUUUUAUGCUCAUGUUAAGAAGAUCAUUCGUAGAUUAAUUAAAGCUGCUUAUUAAACAACAGAAAGUAUUUAAUUUGACUAAAGAAGGCUCCUUAAUAAUUGCGAGAAUAUAGCCUCUCUUAAUUUCUAGUAUAUAUUGUCAUGAUGAAGAAGAUAAUGAUAAAAUAUUAAAAAUUGAUGAAUAAAUAAAGGUUCUUUUUAAAUAGUUAAUUCGAAACAAUAAAAAGAUUGAAGUUGGAGUUUAAAUUGAUGACUAAACAAUAGUUUAAGUGAAAAUAGUUAUGAAUUACCUUGGUGAACAAAAGUACAUUAAUAUAAUAAAUUUAGUGAUAUUUAUUUAAAAAAAAAGAUUAGUAAAUAGGAAUAGAAAAUUUUACUUAAAAAAUUGUAAUAAAAGAGAUCCCUUAAACUACAAUAAGGAUUAAAUAGAUAAUCAAAAAUUAUCGAAAAGAUUUUAAAGAAAAAACCUAUUUUUACAACUAAGAAUAUUAAAAUAGAAAAUUUUAUGAUUUAUAAUACUCCUGGAUAAAUAGAUUAGAUUUCUAUACCUUUUUAAGAACAUAAAUCAAUAGAAAAUAUGUAUUAAUUUUAACCAUACAUUAAUCCUUUAAUUUCUACUGCUUCCUUUUAUUGGAGUCAAUCUUAAAAUAUAUUUUCAAUUGAUCCAAUUCUAUCUAAUGUAUAGAUACUCAGUAUUUAUAGAAUUUUUUAUUGGGAUUUUAAGGCAAUUAAAAUUAGUAUAGAAUGUGGUCUGAAAAAUAUCGAGUCACUCCUGAUUGA